AUGCUAGAUAUUACACAGUUCAUCGAGGAGAAAGGUGGUAACCCUGAACUCAUCAGACAGUCCCAGAAGGCCAGACACGCCAGUGUCGAGAUUGUGGACGAAAUCAUCGCAGACUACAAGGAAUGGGUCAAGACCAGAUUCCAGUUGGACGAACUCAACAAGCAACAAAACAAGGUGCAGAAGGAGAUCGGGCUCAAGUUCAAAAACAAGGAGGACCCUAAGGAGCUGCUAGCCGAGAAGGACCGUAUCGCGGCCGAGAAGAAGAAGCUCAGCGAACUCGAGCAGAAGCAGGACAACGACCUGAAGCAGAAGGUGUUCCAGGUCGGCAACAUCGUCCACCCCUCUGUUGUGGUAUCCAACGACGAGGAAAACAAUGAGCUCGUCCGCAGCUGGAAGCCCGAAAACCUGAGCGAGGUUGGCACCAACGCUUCCUGCUCUGGCAAGCCCGCCAGUCUCUCUCACCACGAAGUCCUGCUCAGAUUGGACGGCUACGACCCAGAGCGUGGUGUCAAGAUCUCCGGCCACAGAGGCUACUUCUUCAGAAACUACGGUGUUUUCCUGAACCAGGCCAUGAUCAACUACGGUUUGUCGUUCUUGGCCUCCAAGGGUUACAUCCCUCUCCAGGCCCCAGUCAUGAUGGACAAAGAGGCCAUGAGCAAAACCGCUCAGCUCUCUGAGUUCGACGAAGAAUUGUACAAGGUCAUGGACGGCGACGACGAGAAGUACCUGAUUGCCACUUCUGAACAGCCAAUUUCUGCAUACCACUCCGGUGAAUGGUUCGAAAAGCCUCAAGAGCAGCUGCCAGUUCGCUACGCCGGUUACUCUUCUUGUUUCCGUAGAGAAGCUGGUGCUCAUGGUAAGGACGCCUGGGGUGUGUUCAGAGUCCACGCCUUUGAAAAGAUUGAGCAGUUCGUGUUGACUGAACCUGAAAAGUCCUGGGAAGAGUUCGACAGAAUGAUUGCUACCUCCGAGGAGUUCUAUCAGUCGCUGAACCUGCCAUACCGUGUUGUUGGUAUCGUUUCUGGUGAGCUAAACAACGCCGCUGCUAAGAAGUACGACUUGGAAGCCUGGUUCCCUUACCAGCAAGAAUACAAGGAGUUGGUUUCUUGCUCGAACUGUACCGACUACCAAUCUAGAAACCUUGAGAUCAGAUGCGGUAUCAAGAAGAUGGGUGACAGAGAAAAGAAGUACGUCCACUGCCUGAACUCUACUCUUUGUGCCACCCAGAGAGCCUUGUGCUGUGUUUUGGAAAACUACCAAACCGAAGAAGGCUUGGUCGUUCCUGAAGUCUUGAGAAAGUACAUCCCAGGCGAGCCAGAAUUCAUCCCAUUUACUAAGGAGCUUCCAAAGAACUCCACUUCUAACAAGAAGAAGGGCAACAACUGA